AGCCAAACCUCCCUGUUGUAUCGCUUUCUGUACUAUUUCAGACAUGCGGUUUACGCACUUCUCCAUGUGCGUUUGCAUUUUAUUUAUGGCACCUUAGACUUCUUGCAACGAAGCGAAGCCGGCAGGCAGGCGGCUCCAAGACGGACAACUGCCCGUCCCCCACCGGACAGCCUUCAUCCACCCCUUUCCUCUGCGCCUCGGCGCCUGCCAGAGGCUCCCGGUCCCACCCCUCGCUGGCGAGAGCCCUGGUGUUGGUGUCGGUUUCAGGGCCAGGCGCGCGUCCGCCUCCCGUCCGCGCCCCCGGGGAGGAAGAAGCAUGAUUUGCGUCCGCUAGCUUCCUGGAGGGGACUAUCCCUCUUGCCCCCUCCCGCGCUCCUUCCUCCCGCUUCGGCUGCCCUGUGCGUAAUUGCGCGCGGAGGUUCGGCAGGUGAUGGUCCUAUAACUGUGCGAGCCAUGCUUCAGGGAGAAGGCCAGGGCGAACCGGCGCGGGAAGGGUUAACUCCGAAGGGUGCAGAGCCUGGGAAGGACGCCCAGCCCAGCCGGGUGAAACCUGCCUUGCCUCUCCACCGGAAGGUUUGCUAUGCUCUUGGAGGCGCCCCUUACCAGCUCACAGGAAACGCCGUCGGGUUUUUCCUCCAGAUCUUCUUGCUGGAUGUCGUGCAGCUGGAGCCUUUCCGUGCUUCGCUGAUCCUUUUCCUGGGGAAAGCCUGGGAUGCUGUGGCCGAGCCCACCAUCGGAUUCCUGGUCAGCAGAAGCCCCCGCCGGAGGUGGGGCAAACUGGUCCCCUGGGUCGUCUGCUCCACGCCAUUCGGGGUCUUCUUCUACACUAUGCUCUGGUUCGUGCCCUCAGAUUCCCUCUCUGUGUCACUGAAGUUCUUUUGGUAUUUGGUCAUGUACUGCCUCUUCCAGACCUGCAUGAGUUGCUACCACGUCCCUUAUUCCUCGCUGACCAUGUUCCUAGGAGGGAGUCAGAUGGACCGCGACUCUGCGACCGCCUAUAGGAUGGGAGUGGAGAUGCUGAGCACCCUGCUGGGGUCGGGUAUCCAGGGGCAAAUCGUCGGGAGUCACCAUGCCAGCAUGAGGAAGAGGUGCGACGUGGCGAAUGGCACCCUGGCAGAAAACGACACCUCUCUGCUCCCGGAUGUGCUAGAGAGUGCGCGCACGGCGUAUGUUGUCGCCUCCCUGGUUCUUGGCUCUCUUUAUUUCCUUUCCUGUUUGGUCCUUUUCUUGGGAGUGAAAGAACAGCCAGGACGAUACACCCCUUUGGGGAAGACCAGACUCCCAUUCUUUGCCAGUCUGCGGGCCGUCCUAAGCCACAGCUCAUACACCCGGCUCCUUGCAGGUUUCUUGCUGGCAUCGCUGGCCUUCCAGCUUGCCCAGGGAAUCUUUGCCUUCUUCUGCACUCAUGCAGCUGGACUGCCUGGGAGCUUCCAGCAUCUGGUGCUCAUCAUGUUGGUGGUCGCCUGCCUCUCCAUCCCUGUCUGGCAGUGGUUCCUGGUAAGGUUUGGGAAGAAGAUGGCUGUCUUCAUAGGCCUCUCGCUGAUCAUCCCGUCUCUCAUUGUUAUCACGGUCGUGACCCACAACUUCCUGGUCUAUGUCUUCAUGGUCGCCCUGGCAGGAAGCAGCCUCGCCGUCCUCUACUUGUUGCCAUGGUCCAUGCUUCCAGACGCAGUGGAUGAUUUCAAGCUGCAGAACCCCACCUGCCUCAACCUGGAAGCUUUCUUCUACUCGUUCUACGUUUUCUUCAACAAGCUCGCCGCCGGCCUCUCCCUUGGGAUUUCCACCAUGAGUUUGCAUUUUGCAGGUUACAGAGCCGCGGACUGCACACAUAACCCCCAGGUUAUCCUGACGCUGCAAAUUCUCAUGGCGCCUGUUCCCAUUGUCCUGCUGCUCUCCUCCAUGGCCGUCUUCUUCUCCUACCCCAUCGACGAGAAGCGGAGGAAGCAGAUCAGAGUGGAAAUGGAGGCGACUGGCAGGCAUCAGGGUCAGACAGAACGCCCAGAAUCAGAGGCAAGUUAGUCUCUGGAGGGAAUUCAUGACUACUUGCGGGAAAGUUGCUGAUGCUUUUUGCCUCCGGUUGCAACACUACAAAGGACAGGUCUCUGGCGUCUUCCUUUUUUUCAUCCGGGAGCAGCAGUGAAGACAUCUCGGGCACUUGCGCAAGACGCCAAAGAAAUUAACUCCACGGAGCUCAACGUUUUUACAACCAUCUCUCGCCCAGGGACAAAUCCCUGAGGAUGGAACAAGCAGAGACUUCGCUUUAAAAACUGGAAUGAACUUCUUUCUCAGGGGAGCAGGAACAAGCUGGUGGUUCUACAAACGCAGGGACUUUUAAUGUACAUUUAUGUAACAAAUAUCUCUUGCCUUGGAAAGAGAAUGGAUUGUGCUAUGAUUCAGUGACUUGUCUUCUGCACUUAUACGAUUUAUGUAAGCUCCUCACAUAUGAGUAAGGAAACUAGGCCAAAUGCAUAUUCAAUUUCAGGACAUUUUAGAGAACUGGAACUCAGCUGCCCGGAGGUUGACCCCGGGCAGCUGCACUCAAUAUCAUUAUGGGUCUCUCUCAACCCCAGUCGUUUUCACAGGUAUUUUGGUCUUCUGCAAUCUCCGGAACACAUAGCUAACUUCUUUGCAAGCUGAACUGGGACCUUUAUGCAUUCAUCUGUAUGGUGGCAUCUGUUUGAUACCUACCCCUGGCAAGAAGGAUGCUUAUUUAGCUCAGUUUAGAGAGGCAGAGGGCAUGAUCUUAGCGGUAGAGAACAUGCCGUGAAUAUUGAAGGUCUCAGGUUCCACCUUCAAUGUCUUGAAUUAACAGAUCUCAGGUUAGGAGGGCUGAGGAGCUGAUUGGAGAGUCAGAGUAGAUAAUUCUGAGCUAGAAGGAUCUGUGUCCAGAGGGAAGUAAGAUGUGACUCACCCAGCUGGCCGGGCACGAGUUGACCUUUCUCCAGGUCCUGACUGGGACCUACCAUGACAUUCUUCUGACAGGCUAUUAGCAUUAUGUUCCCAAGCGCUCCAGGUCAAGGCAAGCACCGCACUGAACAUGCUGAUGAGACCUCCUUGACCCAGACCGAUCCUUAGCUUCCAACCUCCCCUACAAAAUAGCAUCGUAGUUUCCACUUUCCUGGUUAUGGGGAUCGCCUCCCUCCGGUGGGGGACAAGGCUCUGGUGCACACCAGCUCUCCCAACCUGGUCCCAGCCUCCUGACAACACGACACCUGCCUGUUUGUGAGGCUAUGGAUGCUGACAUCCUUCGAGCCAUUUAGCAACGGAAUCUUGUGGUCUGGUCUAUUUCGGUAUGUGCUAAUGUGGUUGCCAUGCACACCGAUGGCUUUUAUCUGUGUUUUUAACUAGACUGCGAGUCGUUAGUGAUUUGCCUGUUUAUUGCACAGAGCCAGAGCAACAAUAGGUGCUUUGUGAAUCACACUGUGGAGCCAGGUUGACAUUUCAGAAAUAAGAUUCCUUUUUAAAAAUAAUAACAAUUAAUUAGGGUGGUGUUUUUUUCCCAGGGGGAGUUGUAUGUGACUAAGAAGCUGCGGCUGACCAUGUCUCAGUUGCAGAAGCUU